AUGUUGAAGAAAAUCAUUGUAGAGACAAGCUUGGAGUAUUUUGAAAACAGCAAGAAAGUCAAUGAGAGGGAAAUAGAGCAAAUGAGGAGGAAGAAGCAUGAGAGAGAGCCUGAGGCCACCAAGUUGAUGAAUAAUGUAAGCCUUUGGACGGAAAGAAAGUCUCCACUCUUCUGCAUGACUCCAGUAUUAAAGGAGCAUCACCUCGGGGAGAAUGGUCUUUGCUCAGAGCAGAGUAGACAGGCACUGCUCAAAGAAGAUAAAACACCCCAGCUCAGUAGUCAGAGAGCCUUGAUUUCAGACACAGAGAGUCUCCUGGUUUCUGAGGAUGAGCAACCCAGUGGAGUUUUCAUCUUCAGUGAGGAAACUGCAGUUAAGCCUUGCGGCAAAACAGAGAGUGGGCUUGGUAUAUUUGGUAUGACACAGAUAACUGGAAACAGCAUGAUGGUGAAAAAAUAUGAAGAGACUAACCUACUGAUCAGUAGUAAUACUUUCAAAAGAAAAAAUGAGGCGUCUACCUCUACAGCAGUCAGGGAUCCAUGCUUUUCUGCAAAAAGAAGGGAAAUAUUCCCCAUAGCUUCCCCAGACCAAGAAGAAACAGAAAUCAACUUUACUCAGAAACAGAUGGAGUCGGAGCAUCUACUUUUUGAGAAACGUAAACAAGAAGAACAGGACAGGUUAUUAGCAUUUCAGUUUCAGAAAGAGAUGGAUAAAGAACAAAUGAAGCUAAACAGGCGAAAAGGAUCCCCAGGUAAAUAUCAGUUAUUUACUACAUCCUUUUCUCCAGACACAUUUCUAAUGGGACAGAAGGAUUCCAAAGACAGCAACUUCAAGAAACAGAAUGAUAAGGAACUUUCAAAAUGUUGGAGAAGCUUAAGAGAUGAAAACCAGCAACCUUCUUUUAAGAUUCAGUUAAAACACUCAGCUACUGGUAAUGGAAGAAGGAUGCCAAAUUCUACUAGACAUGGUUGUGAUGUGCCAACAAGUGCCCAUUCCCCACAGCCUAGUAAUUCAUAGAAAAAUAUUUUUCAAAUGUUUCAGAGAUACAGAAAGUAA